AGGAAAGAGAAGGAGAGGAAAGAGCGUGGAAAACAGCAAAGAAAGGCAAGAAAGAAGCGAAGGAGUGCGGCAUGCAAGCUGGAAUCUGUGCCUAUUUUGGAAGGAUCAAUGAAAGUGACGGAUACUCAAAAAGUUGCAUCUUUGAGGGCACGAGCACCCGAGCCUCGAGCGCCUCAAAAGGAAGUACCAGCUUCGCAACCGCUCGCGAAGAAAAAGUUGUCCGCCGGCAUCAAGAUUAAGGAGAAGCCAUCGUCAUCAGCUCAACGCCAGCCGCUGUCUGAGAAGCGGCAAUGAUCGCCAGGCAACUCGCACCGCGAGUGAUUCUGGCAAGCUGGCUCCAGAAACACAUGUCUUGUGUUUAUUCCGCUCGCCGAUGCGAAAUGCGGUUGGCCGCUAAUCAGGCCGGAAGGGGAAGUGACGCUCGUUUGGCCGGACGAGGGAUCGGCAGGCUGGACAGUCAACUACGAGAACCAAAUCUUUUUGCGACCCUCGUGAUCAGCCG